UGUGCAAACCAAAGCAAGGCAUGCUGGGCCUGGAUUACAGUUAAACGCCCAAAAUGGCGGCACAGUUGAAAAGUUUUGACUGUUUUGUUGGAGUUUGUCUUCUUCACAAACUAUUUCUUUGACUGUUUAAACUGCACGAAAUCGGCUUCAUUUUUUCCACAAUGGUGGGGCACCGGGAUUUUUUCUAAUGGUUGAAGAGUUACACAAGAAUUAGCAUGGCGUUUUGGUAUCAGCUCAAAAUCGGGCAUCACUUUGCCAAUGCUAGGCUUGGCUAAGCUAGGCUAGCAAGCUAACUGGUCUUAGAUGAGUGCUUGGCUAAAACCUUCACGUCUCACCUGGGUCUAUAAGCUGAAGUGAAUAUGAAGAUGAAAAUCUUUCCAUAGAAAUGGAGGAUGAUGUGAAAAAAGUAAAAAAGCCUGGUAUCGUCUCUCCGUUCAAGCGAGUCUUCCUGAAAGGAGAGAAGGGGAGGGACAAGAAAGCCCAGGAGAAGGCCACAGAGCGCAGGGCCCUCCACACCUUCUCACUUUCUCAGCCUGACCACCGCAUCGACCCAGACAUCCUGCUCAAUGACUACAUUGAGAAGGAAGUCAAAUACUUGGGGCAGCUGACAUCAGUUCCAGGAUACUUGAACCCAUCAAGUAGGACGGAGGUCCUGCAGCUAAUUGACAAUGCGAGAAAGUCACAUCAGUUGGCAGGCCAGCUGACAUCAGAGCAGGAUGCAGUCGUGAGCUUGUCAGCAUACAACAUCAAGCUAGUAUGGCGAGAUGGAGAAGACAUCAUUUUAAGAGUGCCCAUCCAUGACAUUGCUGCUGUCUCCUACAUCAGGGAUGACUCAUUACACCUUGUAGUGAUAAAAACAGCCCAGGAGUCAGGCGGCUCGCCCUGUCCCAGUUCAUGUCCUGAUCUCAAUAAGUCUCAAACUCGGAGCUCCUUGUCAGAAAGUGGCACUGUGCUUGUUGAAGUCUGCUGUCUGCUUGUGCUGGCAGUUGAUAAUAAGGCAGCAGCCGAGGAGUUGUGUCUUUUGCUUAGCCAGGUUUUCCAGAUUGUUUACACAGAAUCAACCAUCGACUUCUUAGACAGAGCCAUUUUUGAUGGUGCAACUACACCAACCAGACACCUUUCUCAGUACAGUGAUGACUCUUCGAGCAAAGUAGAUGUCAAAGACGCUUUUGAAGAGGAACCCAGCUCAUUUGCAGUUACAGGACGAAGCUCUCCAUCUGCUUCCACUCCUGCAUCUCCUCAGACCAAAACUGCAAGCGAAGGCGAGCUCAGCACCACAGCUGCAGAGCUGCUGCAGGACUACAUGACCACACUGCGAACAAAGCUCUCAUCACAGGAGAUCCAGCAGUUUGCUACUUUGCUCCAUGAAUACCGUAACGGUGCCUCCAUUCAUGAGUUCUGCAUUAAUUUGCGCCAACUUUAUGGGGACAGCAGGAAAUUUCUUCUGCUCGGCCUGCGGCCCUUCAUACCAGAGAAGGACAGCCAACACUUUGAGAACUUCCUCGAGACCAUUGGUGUGAAGGACGGCCGAGGCAUCAUCACUGACAGCUUUGGUCGUUACAAGCGCACAGCAAGCUCUGCCUCAGAUUCCACCACCAAUGGCAACGGAGCAGCAGGAGGAAGUGGUGACAGUGUUGCCUCGGACGAAGGCCAUGAGCCCUCUGAGGGGGAUGAAUGGGACCGUAUGAUCACCGAUAUCAGCAAUGACAUUGAAGCUCUCGGCUGUAGUAUGGACCAGGAUCCAGUGACACCUUGACAUGGGGAACAGAGGGGGGUAGUUUGGGGAGCUGUGGACAUGAACUGAUGGCCACUCCAGCAGGCAUGAUGUGAGUGUAUGAGAUGAAGGUGGUCGUUUAGCACUGACCUAAGAUUUGAUUUAUUCUAUUUUCCUCUAAUUGUCAAGAGGACGUUCCAUAGUCCCUACACACUCAAGGAAAGCCUUAAGUUGUUACUAUUAAGUCAACAAAUGCACUUAUGCAGACCCUGUAGAUGAAACGGAGUGAGUUGGAUUGUUGGUUUUAUAGACUGAUUUAUUUUAAAACUUUUACUUUGGUUUUGUGCUCAUUUAUUGGCAGUAUCUGCCACUGCUAUGAGCAAUGUAGCGAAUAUCUUCAGUCUUUGAAAUCUCUAAUUUUGAAGAUUGUGGAUAAUCCAUCAGAGGACUGUGUACACAUUUUAGAAGGUGAAGCCUGGGGCUGUUUUUGUGUUUGCUAUAGAUCAGUCAGCUUCAUCCGCAAAGAGAACUUUGGUUUUCUUCAUUCACAUUGUGUGUUACGGUGUGUGUAACAUUUUGCGCCAUUUUUUUUUUUCCAGUAAGGUUUGUGUACUGCUUUGUUUUACACUAUCAUUUGUUAUCAUUGUUUACUUAUUUACAUAUUUUUGCCUUACUCAAACUGACCGAUGAAAUGCUGUAAAAACAAAUUCUCAUUCAUUUGGUGAGUGAGGACUGUAUUUGACAAGGCCAGUUAGUUGAUGGCUGAUGUAAAUUUAUAACGUUUAAAAAGUCGUUCUUCACAUGCAGGUCAUCUUGUUAUGUUGUGCCUUCACACUGCAGUACUGCUGCCUGCUGUCUGUCACUCACAGACAGAUAAUUAUGAACUGUAACUACAGUUGUUCAGCAAAACAUGGUUAUUAAAUAACAGCUAUUUUACACUGAUUGUAUCUUAUUGCAAAAUUUACACGCAUCUUGAUGUUGCAUAAAAACUAUAGUAUUAUCCCUUACCACCUGUCUGCUGCGUUAUCAAUGUUCACUAGCUCUUCAUUUGACCUCUAUACAUAAGAACUGACACAAAGUGAAGUUUUGUAGUUCAAAUAUGAUCAUUUGCUUGGAUGCACCUAAGCUGCAGUGGAAUCUCAUUCAGAGCUUCAUCAAAGCAGCCAGGCUGGAUGCUGCUGAAUGCCCACAAAGUCAGGGAUUAGUUUUGUGAGUCUUGGGGACGGGAAAUUUUGAGGACAGCACGAGUUGAGCACAUUCCGUUCCGUAAAAGCCCAUCAGCAGACUUUAACUCGGCUUUUCUCACCCUUUUCUCAGUCCUUGUACCUGAACAUUUUCACAGGAAUAUCUUUGUUCUUCAAGCUACUCGACACAGACACAAAUCCUUCAAGUGUUAAAAAAAAAAAAAAAAAAGAUACCCAAGUCAAGGGAUGAACCAGUAUUGUCUCCACCUAGCAAGCAACUUACCAAAGAACCAACUAUCUUUUAAAUUGUAUCUUUAGGCACUUUGUUACCAGCCGCCUGUCACAAAAACACAGUUUGUUCAC